UGUUGUGGAAACCGCGCCAUAUUGAGCGGGAUUCUAGCUGUUUCCGGUCAGGGAAGUGCGCAUUGGAGCGGGGGCCGUAAGAUCGUGGCUAUAGAGCAACCGUUAAUUAUUGCAUUCAUCGGAUGCUUUAAGUUACUUCUGGGCCUGCAGAGGAAGUGUUAGUGCGCGGACGGUGGCUGAUAUCCAGAUACAAGAUGCCAGGGACAAGAGUUUACAUAGGUGGCCUGACACAUGGCUGCAGAGAAAGAGACAUUGAAAGGUUCUGCAAAGGGUAUGGAAGAAUCAGGGAUGUUCUCAUUAAGAAUGGAUUUGGGUUUGUGGAAUUUGAAGAUAAUAGGGAUGCUGACGACGCAGUGUAUGAGCUGAAUGGAAGAGAACUGUUGGGUGCCAGGGUCACGGUGGAGUCGGCGCGCGGGCCGUCGCGCCGCUACGACGACUACUACGGCGCGCGCCGCCCCUCGGCCUGGAGCAACAAGUAUGGACCGCCCACGCGCACCGAGAACCGGCUCAUCGUCGAGAACCUGAGCUCGCGUGUCAGCUGGCAGGACCUCAAGGACUACAUGCGCCAGGCGGGCGAGGUGACUUACGCCGACGCACACAAGCACCACCGCGGAGAGGGGGUGGUGGAGUUCGCCUCCUACUCGGACGUGCGGCACGCCAUCGACAAGCUGGACGACACGGAGCUGAACGGCCGCCGCAUCCGGCUCAUCGACGACUCUCUGCGCUCGUCGCGCCGCCGCAGCCGCAGCCGCAGCCGCUCGCGCUCGCGCCGCCGCUCGCGCAGCAGGAGCCGCAGCAAGAGUCGCAGCCGCAGCCGCAGCCGCAGUCGCAGCCGGGACCGCAGCCGCGACCGCUCCAGAUCCAAGUCGCGGUCCAAGUCCCGCGACCGCAGGUCCAAAUCUGGAGAUCGCAGAUCCAAGUCUGGAGAUCGCAGAUCCAAGUCCGGAGACCGCAGAUCCAAGUCCGGUGAUCGCAGGUCCAAGUCCAAGGAACGCAGAUCCAAGUCCAAGUCGGCCGAGCGCAAGUCCAAGUCGCCCGAGCGCAGGUCGGCGUCUGCCGAGCGCAAGUCCAAGUCCGCCGAGCGCAAGUCCAGGUCCAAGUCCAAGGACAAUGGCAGGAAGUCGCACUCCAAGUCCCGCUCCAAGUCCAAGUCCAGGAGCAAGUCCCGCUCUCGCUCCCGCUCCCGCUCCGGCUCCGGCUCGCGCUGCGACGCGCCCGCCGAUGCCGGCUCUCCGGACCGACGUAACGGCGACGACGGCCAGGAGGGCGGUGACGACUGAGCGCGAGGAGGGAGGCGGCCUGGCACCGCCCCUUAGGGCAGCGGUGCCAGGCGGGGAGGCAGACGGCGGGAGGCUGAGGAGUCUGAGAAUGUGGAGGCACGCGGAGGCCGCACGCCGGCGAGGUGGCAUCAGUGUGGGGAGUGGUCGGCAGUGUUCACCGACGAACUGUACAUGGGUUAAUAAAACACGUCUCGAGUC